GUGUAGAUGGCGUGAUAGAUCUUCAGGGGAGUGCUGUUCGAUGUGGCUUUAUCAUUCGCAAGAUUUCCAAUAAAUUACUUGUAAUAGAAUACAUUUACUUAUAUUUCUAAUGUUUUAAAGUUUAUUUAAGAUUAUCAUUUCUUUAUUGAGUAUAUAAAAUGAUACAAAAGCGAAAGCCAAAUGAACGAAACGGUAGUGUAAAAAACGUCUUACCUUCCUUAUGGAUUCGUGCAACAACACCAGGAUCUAAAUGGCCUGAUAAGGAUGAAUUCCUUGAUAUUAUUUAUUGGGCCAGACAGGUGAUUGGCAUAAUUAUUGGAGUUUCAUGGGGAUUAUUACAAGUAAAAGGAUUUAUAGGAAUUUCGCUGUUCUGUUUGAUAAAUGCCCUCAUUGUCUACAUUUACACUAGUAUAUUUCAUAAAGUGGACGAGGAAGAGUUCGGAGGACUUUGGGAGUUGGUGAAAGAAGGGUUCAUGACUUCUUUUGCUGGUUUUCUAGUAACCUGGAUUAUGGUAUAUUCAACAAUCACUUACGAAUAGUUUGUUCUCCCCCGUCGUAUAACAUUCCUUACCAAGGAACCCAUUAACUAACGAGAACUUUAUACACUCACGGACACAACAUGUACCUGCCAGGAUAGUGAUCACUGUGUAUUAUUCCAACCGUAUGGUACCUAAGUUAGUUAUCAAUCACCAGAAGAGAACCCCCCUGGCAACAAGUGUAUAGAGCAGAAGCUGUAACUCACUGUUUAUCACAUCUAUGCAGAAUAACAAUAUGAUUAAUUUCCAAUAAGAAAUUUAAUGCUACGGUGAAGUGUAGAACAAAUAGGGUUAAUAUUCAUGUUAGACAGAUGGUAGUAAAAUAUCGUAUCUGACUAAGCUGACAAGUUCUGGUAUUGAACAACGUGACUUGAGCUAGACAGACCGUACAUAAAAACAGUAUCUAUAGUGGAAGAAAUGUCUCAACAUGAAUUUUAUUGUACAAGUCUUCUUUUAUUGACUGAUGGUAUUAAAGUAUCGUAUCUGACUAAGCUGACAAGUUCUGGUAUUGAACAACGUGACUUGAGCUAGACAGACCGUACAUAAAAACAGUAUCUAUAGUGGAAGAAAUGUCUCAACAUAAAUUUUAUUGACUGAUGUUACCGAGACAUGAGAGUAAUAUGAAAUUUCAUCAUGCCAGUAAAAUAUUAAAUCCAUAAAUUGUAACAGUAUUGUUAAUAAUGUUUUUAGGAUGAUUUAGUGUAAAGCUGCCUUGAUUUCACAUUAGCUUUUCCUUAAUGUUUCCAAACUACCAGCCUCCCAUAACUGUAAAAAAGAACAAGUAUAUACUAUUCAUGACUUGCAGCAUUUAACAGUAAUAAAGAAUGUAUAGUUUUUUCUUUAUAAUUGUACAUUUGUAGACAAUUAUGCAUAUCAUUUAAUAAGUUUUGUAAUAAAUUGAUUUUUACAGUGAAGAGAUGUGCAUUUGUUGUAAACAAGGAGGGGGGAGGGGCAGCACAAGAUCAUUAUCUUCAGACAAUAAAAUGUUGUGAAAGUA